AUGGUACGGAAGGUUCACAGCGUUACGCCGGAUUCGAAUCCUUCGCCUAAACACCAAGCUUCGGCAUCGUCCUGCCGAAAACCACGACGACAGAUGGAGAAUUGUUCACCUGCAUCUCAAAAGUCGUACGUCUCGCGUCGCUGGGAACAUCGCAAUGCAACCGACGUAAAAGAACAGUCAGUACAACGUGACACAGAAGGACGAUAUACUGUUCCAAUAUUGAAGGAUGGAGACGAAUUUCAACGGCUGGGCGAGUCAAGGGACAUCGCCUUUCGACGUCUUCAAGGCAAGGAACGAAGGCUAGCAAGGGAUGCCAGUCUACGGCAACAGUAUACAGCGUUCAUGGAUGAAUACCUCACAUUAGGUCAUAUGCGGAAAGUAGACGAAUCUCAAGAGACGGUAAAACGUUGUUACUUACCGCAUCAUACUGUGGUAAAGGAGGCUAGCACCACCACCAAGGUUCGCGUUGUCUUCGACGCAUCCUGUAAGACGUCUACAGGUAUUUCACUAAACGAUACGCUACAUGUUGGACCUGUUAUACAGGAGGAUCUGCGAUCCAUUAUAUUGCCCUGUCGGAUAAAACAAAUCAUGCUGGUGUCUAACAUCGAAAAAAUGUUCCGUCAAAUAAACAUUUUAGCAGAAGACAGACCACUGACAUGUAUUCUCUGGCGGCCUCGUCCUACCGAAGAGGUCACGACGUACGAGCUUGGCACAGUUACGUACGGAACCAAAUCAGCACCGUUCCUGGCUACGAGGACGCUGCAUCAGCUUGCGAUGGAAGAAGAAGAGCGGUUCCCGGCAAUCCAAGAAGACACGUAUAUGGAUGACGUGAUCACAGGUGUUGAUACUAUCGAGGAGGCAACUGAUCUACGAAAACAGCAUAUGGCGGAUGCAUCUACUUGCGGAGUCAAGAUGCGGAAGGAAGGGUCGUCUUUAAUCUUUUAA